AUGGAUCAAUGGGCCUCAAUGGAGCAACGAAGUCCUCAACAGGACAUUAGGACGUUAAAGUGCCGCGGGUGCCACCUGAGCACAUCACCGGCGCGCGACCUGCCCGCCCAGCGCAAACGCGCCAGCGGCGGGCGCCGACGCGCGCACGCCUGGCGACCAGCGGCGCAGUCGCGCCUUCGGCCGCCCCCGCCGAGCAGCGGCCGGUCGAGCUCGGACUCUGAGAUCUCUUGUUGGCAGCGUCAGAUCUCCAGGGAGGUCUUUGCCGGCCCCCGCGCAGCCCGGAGGGAUCGCCAGGGCCUGCGCGUCCAGGCGUCGGAGAAGAAAUGA